AUGGCGCACAAGUUAACAGGCGGGAAGGUGCCUCGCAGCAGCUGGCCACCAAGGCAGCCUGCAAGAGCACCACCAGCCGUGGGUGGCAUGAAGAAGUCGCACCACUACCGGCCCGACACCAUGGUGCUACGCAAGAUCCACCAGCUGCCAUUCCAGUGGCUGGUGCACAAGAUCGAGAAGAACUUCAAGACUGACCUGCACUCCCAGAGUUUGGCACCACAGGAGGCAUGGGAGGCCUGCCUGGUGGGGCUCUUCGAGGACACCAACCUCUGCGCAUUCCCCGCCAAGUGUGUUACCAUCAUGCCCAAGGACAUCCAGCUGGUGUGCUGCAUCUGCGGAGAGAGAGCAUAA